CCGGAAAGACGUCAUCGCACUGCGCCAUCGAACAUUGUAAAGUGCGCAGCUGCUUCGCUUGUGCUAGCUGCUACGGAUUACAACUAAUAGAGUGUUUUUUUGUUGUAAAGUUUGAGUUUUUUCCUUUAAAAGACCCAGCCAUGGCGAUGCAAGCAGCUAAACGCGCGAAUAUUCGUUUACCUCCAGAGGUGAACAGGAUAUUGUAUAUUCGUAACCUUCCUUACAAGAUCACCGCAGAGGAGAUGUAUGACAUCUUUGGAAAGUAUGGGCCAAUUCGUCAAAUCAGAGUUGGGAACACACCAGAGACGAGAGGAACAGCCUAUGUCGUAUAUGAAGACAUCUUCGAUGCCAAAAAUGCCUGUGAUCACCUUUCUGGAUUCAACGUCUGCAACAGAUACUUAGUUGUAUUGUACUACAAUGCAAACAGGGCUUUCCAAAAAAUGGACACAAAGAAAAAGGAGGAGCAGCUGAAACUUCUCAAAGAGAAGUACGGGAUAAACACAGACCCCCCGAAAUAGUCUUUUUUUUUUUUUUUUCCCCCGUUGUUCUAUUAUUUUGUUUUGCACCCAUGUCCUUCUCACUUUACUUUAAGUAGUGAUUGUUUUACAAAAAAACCCUGUUGAACAGUGUUCAUUACUUGGCCUGAAGUCUUGUUAUAUAUUGAGCUAAUGUCUUUUCCAAUGAGUUUUCUGUUAAUAUUGAAUAAAAUGGCAUUUGUUCAUCA